AUGAAGCACAUUCUGUGGCAAUGCAGUUUCAGUACUAAUAUCUGGCAAUGGUUAGUGCAAACUUUUAACUUUCAAGUACCUCCUUCACUGUCUGAUAUUUUACAUUUUGCAAAGCAUAAAAUUCCUUUUGUUAAACAAGUCUGGAUGAUAGCUUCCUGUGCCAUAUUGAGGCAAUUGUGGUUUCAAAAGAAUAAAGUGACUCAUGAAGGUAUAUCUCCAAAUCUGGAGUGUUUUAAAAGAAGAAUACUGAAUCUGUUGUUUUAUGGAGGUUAUAGAAUAACUGGUGCAAAAUGGAGGACAGAGUAUGAUUCAUAUAUACUUCACUAUUUCAUGCUAGAGCAGAGAAACAUAAAAAAUUAUGAUCUAAAGGAAUGUCAAUGGAGUAAUCCACAAUUUGGUUAUCUACUGUUCUGUUGUGAUGAUGUUUCUUUAGGUGAUCCUGGAGCAGCAGGGUAUGGUGUUAUUGCUAGAGAUUGUGAAGGUCAGGUCAUUGGCACUAUUUCUAGAGGUGUUGGUAAUGUUACAGGCUUCAUUGCAAAACUCUUGUCAAUUGUUUGUGCAACAGAAUGGGCAGUAAAAAUGCAGUGUAGUAAGAUAAUCCUUAGAGCAUCUGACAAGUCAGUAAUUGAAAAUUUCAAGUAUGGAAUAAUUCCUUGGUAUAUGAGAGAUAGAUGGCUACAUUCAACCUGCAAGAUAUCUGAUAUCAAGUAUGAAGUCUGCUACAAAGAAAUCAAUUUCUCUGCUACAAAACUAGCUAGGCAUGGUACUGAAUUAUCUCAAGGAGUCACUAUCAUACAUAAUGGAAUGCCUUCUUGCUUAACUCAAGUAGAAAUGCCACACAUUACAUACUACAAAGCUUGUUAG